AUGACCGAGCGAAAGACAACUGUGAGUGUCCAGUCACUCCAACCGUCACAAUUUUCGGGGUGGGGGACAAAACAAGGCGGCAAAUGGAAAACGUGGAAACGACGGUUCUUUGUAUUGAAAGAUCGUAAAUUGUGGUACUUUGAAGCACCAGACUCACUUUCUGCAAAAGGGUGGAUUGACUUACCGCCAGGAACGGAUGUUAAAGAUGAGUCUGAUCGACCAAAACGACUUGCUUUCUCCAUCAAUUCUCGUGGUGUCAAAGGUAUCAGAACGUUUCACUUGACUGUCGAUACGGAGAACGACUUAGUUGCGUUUUUGGAUGGGUUGAAUAAAGUGUUAGGCAACGUGAAAUCGAAGAAACGCGAGGACACCCUUAUCGACGAACACUCGCUUUUCAAAAUGGCAAAUUCAUUCACAACAGGAAACGCUACAGACAACAUCUUAGUCUUACGAAGUAAAGUCCAAUGGUUGAACAACGGACAAAUAGCUUCUUUAUUGGAGUGUGCAGUGACUGCUCUUCCUGAGGACAAAACCACAAUCGACUUUUCAGUUUCAAUCAACUCCGACUUGUCUGCAGUUGGUCUUCGAUUUGCUGGGGAACAAGGCCCGAUGUUACAAAGUGUUGUGGACACAUUUUGGGCUGUCGGCACCCCUGCGUCUGAGAUCGAACGUUUAAAUUUGACUGGUGUUCGUAUCGACCCGAAGAAUUUAGGGAUGUGGCUUGAUUUAUCGAAGAGAGGAGGAAUGGAUGGGGGAUGGUUUAUGAUCACGGACCACACGCCAACCAUCGUCAAUUUGAUUUCGGACGGUGGGAAGAUUAAUGAUAAAGUCACCAUGUUGAUGGGCAUCAACAACAUUAAAACCAUUGAUUUUGUUGGAAGAGAUCUUGGAGUGACUCCACCGCGCCAAGCGAAUUACCGGUUUAAAAUCGAUGGACACGAUAGAGCAACUAUUGUGAAGGAUUUUUAUGAGAAGUGUAAUUUGAAAGGAUUCAACUUGUUGAUACAGAAAAUCAUUAACGACGCGCCUAACAGAGAAGUCUACGUCUCUGUUAAAACAACGAACAUCGACUUGGUUAAGAUCACGACUAUACUCGAAUCACCAACACCGGAAAUGUUACAAGACGCCGUUCAACUUGUGAAGGGAUUUUAUGUCGAUUCCCAUAAUGAACUCAUUCAGGCGUUUGGUAACCCAAUUGCGUUGGAAAUCAGCGUCCUUCGGUACGGGUACGGAUAUGAUGUAUUCAACGAAGGCUUGGACGUGUCGCUGGUGUACAACUUACAAGACGACAACAUCACGACGUUCCCAUUCAAAAAGUCACCACAUCCCGCCCCUUCAAAAUCAAAGGUGAAAGAUGACAACUCGAAACAACCUGUUGCAAAACAAGAAGUGAAUGAAGAUCAGGUGGGGCAUCUUUAUGACCAAGAAUUACAGCCACUUGCCCUUCCAGAAAAAUCAGAAAGGUCACCCCGAGCGAAGGAAGUAACUUCUAUUAUGACAGUAAAGGAUAUCGGACAGAGUGUUGCUAAGGAAAUUGGGCCAAUCAGUCCUAAAGAACCCGUUGAAGGCUCAGAUGUUCCUCCACCAGUCCCCCCUUUGUCCCCAAGAAGAACAGCCCACAGUGAGAAACCAACAGGAAGCGCACCACUCCCACCUAAAAAGCCAGCCCCCAAACCUGGACUUAAGAAGAAUCAUUCUGCUCUUCAGAUUAACCCACCCAUAAUUUAA